AUGCCUCCAAAGCGCAGUGCGCGCAGUGCGAAAGCACCUCCGAAACCGCGGGCCGUAGGGCCGAAGACCAGGGCGGCCAAGGCCAAGGACGAGUCGUCCGCGCUGAUGGAGGCCACGAAGGCGGCCGAGGAGGUGGUGCGCUCUCGUAGCAGCACGCCGGAGAGUGGCCGUCAGGCCGGGGCUCGGAGCAAGUCUCCUGACGCCGCGCAAGACAAGGAGGAGAGUCCUCGGGGUCAUAAAAGCCCGGCUCGCGACUGGGAAGCCGCCGUCUUUGACUGCACGAUGGUCCUGUGCUCCGGUGAGAGUUCACCCGACGACGAGAACGUCUCGGAGGGCAGCACGCACGCUGCCGAAGGCACGGAGCUGGCGGCAGGCGACAUGACCAACGCCUCGGCCGACGCAAAGGCCUCGUCAGAGAAGGAGGCGGUGGACGCCAAGUCCGGCUCAGGCGACAGCAAGCAGUCGCACGACGAAGUCACCAUGGCUGACGCUGGGGUCGUGGUCGAGAAGUCGCCGAGCGACGCGGGCUCCAAGCCCAAGGAGGUGCUGGCAUCCAAGCAUCUGACGCUGGCACAAGGUCGCCAAGGCGAAGCAGGUUCAGCUUCCAGGUCGCCUCGCGGGUCCAGCUCCAAGCUGUUCAUCAACUCGGAGUCUGAGGACGAGGAGGGUGCCGUCCACGAGCCCAAGGAGCUCUCCAACAACCUCGACGAGCAGCAGCAGCAAUACCACGCUGCUAGCUCGGGUGCGUAUGCCAGGCAGCCGACUGCCACGACUGCCAUCGAGUCUUCUUCAGGCGGGGAUGCCACGUACCCGCAGGGCUACUUCCCGCCCGAGCCUGGCACUGGUGCGCCAGCGCUGUUGGAGAAGCUCUCGGCUCCUCGUGGCCUUAUCGGCGGGUACACCUCGAGGGGUUCCUAG